AUGUUAAAUGACGAAGGUUGGAACGAAGUAUCUACAUAUGUCAUUGAAGUUUCAAAUUCGCCUUUGGAAGUGUACACAUCGUGUUAUAUAAGAAGUGACAACGUAAACAACUGGCUCAGAACACCAUUUAUAAAUGUGCAGGGUUCAAAAAGUCUUUAUAUAGAAACUAAAUUCACAAUGAGAAAAUGUGCACGUGUCUCAGCCCCAGGUAAAUCCAGUCAUUGUCGAGAAUCGUUUAAUUUAUAUUCAUACCAAACGGAUAGGGAUAUAGCAAGUAAAGACAUGCCGUCAUGGGACGAUAUCUCGUACAAUUUAGUAGAUAAAGUAGCUGCUACCUGCUUAGGCGAGAGUGCUUCAGACGUUCUUCUUAAUACGGAAACACGUUUUAUAUCCCUAAAACGAGGACUACAGGGAAUUUAUUUUGCAUUUCAAGACCUUGGAUCUUGUGUGUCACUCGUUUCAGUAAAGGUGUAUUACAAAAUAUGCCCCGAAAUAACGCAUCAUUAUGCACUAUAUCCUGCAACCCCUGCUGGAAAAGAUAUUUCGUCCAGUGUAGAAGUAGAAGGACAGUGUGUUCCAAACUCAUCAAUAUUUGAGAGACCAGUAUACAGAUGUAUGAGUGAUGGAACUUGGGACAUUGCCGCCGGUGAAUGUCGGUGUAAUCCAGGUUACCAAGGAACGGACAACAGAUUAUGUGUUUCGUCAUGCCAUUGUGAUCAUGGGAAAUGUCACUCAAAUCUUUGCAUAUGCUCUGAAGGUUGGUCGGGAAAGAAAUGCGAUAAUAGAGGUGGAUCGAGGACGCAUACUGGAAUUAAAACAGCGACUGAGCAGUCCCCACCUGCGUUUACAGAGUUCAUCAUCCCACAGAUAAUUCGAUGCAAGAUCAACAAAUCUUGUACUAUCAUCCUUCCAGUGGAUGGAAAACCCGACCAAGGUCCUAUGGUAGAACAUGGAGAUUAUGAUCACGAACUGAGAGUGACUACACCCAUCCAGGUUAAGAUUAAAGAUUCAACAUGUACUAACAGGACAAGAUGUCCAUACGAAGCAUGGAUAACAGUGUCACCCCCUCAGAUAAAGUUGUAUGAAUACUGUGUACAAACAAAGGACUACCAACGUCUCAAUGCAGAUGAGUUGUGUUAUAAAAUUCAAGGAGUCCAGGAUGAGACAACCCCACCCGGAAUUUUCAACUACCCACCAACUUUGCCAGAAAAUUCCACAAUGAAUUGUUCAUAUAAACAGAUAUGUCAUUACCAACUUGAACUCAAGAAAACUCGGCCCGGACCCUGUGAUCCGAAUUUGAGCGUGGAACCAACUAGUUCUCCCGUUGUGGUGUUGCAGUCAAGUUCAACCAGUUCAUCUUUUUGCAAUUAUGAGGUUGUAUAUAUACCGUCAAAGAACUCAACGGGAAAACAGAACCUGUGUUUCUCUUCAACGUCGUCUACACAGCAACACUGUAUGGUCGUGGAUGUCCAAGGUCAAAGUCUUAAUGAUUCUAUAAAAGUAAGCUGUAGCCAGUAUUCCUGGGAUAUUGUGAUUGACCUGAAUAUCCUACGUCAAAUCUAUCCGGGCCUGAUCACUUCUAAUAUUUACCUUGGAGAAAAUAGAUGUACUGGUAUAGAGACAAAAAGGCAUCUUCUCUUUAAAUAUGGUUUACACGAGUGUUUAACACACGAUAUGCAAAUAGACGGAAAUAAUGAGUACAUCAAUGAACUGAUCUACGCUGAGCAUGAUCCAGUAUAUACUUUCAUCAUAAGGAACAUCAGCUUGACAUUUCCUGUUGAAUGUGGCUUCAGUAAAAAUAUCAUCAAUACCAUGUCAGACAAUAGCAGCAAUGUGUUCUUUCCCAGUGAACAGUACCCAGUAAAUAUAUCUACAUACUCGGACUCUAAUUUUAUGAAAGAUAUACCAGAUAGCCCAAUAUAUGCUGCCAUCGGGUCUCGUGUCUAUGUAAAGGUAUUUUCUACAACACCCGACUGGAGCACGACUAUGAAGGUCAACACAUGUUACACCAAGCCGGAAGUUGAUGCGCCCGACCAUUUGAAGUACUAUUUCAUCAAGAAUGGAUGUGAAAUGGAUGCCUCAACUCAUAUAAUUGCUCAGACGACACACGAAACAAGAUUUGUGUUCGUCUAUUUUGAAUACAUGGACAGACAUAAUAAAGGCCUGUAUGUGUUUUGUGAUGCCAUAUUUUGUAGGACAUCAGACAUGGCGGCGCAGUGUCUUCAAACAUGCAAUCCAGUUCGAAGACGGAAUAAUGAUUAGGAGGCUAUAAAAAUUAAUUUAUUAUCAAAUAGAUGUAUUUAUGGAUACGUUUAACCUUACUUAUUAACCUUAUUAUAAUAACGCGAAUGAUAGAUCGAACCAUUCUGAGAGCGAAUCAUGUUACAUACAAGUAUAAGUAAGCACAAUAAGGUCCGAUUAGUAUUAUCAUAAUUUAUGCAUAAAUCGUCAGCCAUCUUGUUGGACUAAAACACAAAGGAAAAAAUUCAUUGCCCAUCCUCCCAUCCCUUAAGCUUAUUGAUGUCAUAUUUCUGCAGUAAAGUUAUUUUCAAAUAUACUGCUAGUCAUUUAGUAUUUAGACUUGUAUACAAAAUAAUACCAUUUGUGUUGUUAAUAUCAAUUAAUUGUGAAAUUUAGUUAUACAUUGUUGUAUGAUGUCAUGUUUAUGUAUUCCUUCAUAAUUAUGGCCAGUUGUUAAGGACCCAACCUUGAUAUUACAACAGUAUGACUAAGACAGUAUAUAGUUUAUAUACUGUCAAUUUUAUUUCUUGUUGUAUGUUUAAUACAAAUUUUGAUAUUUUGUUAUACAUUGUUGUAUGAUAUCAUGUUUAUA